AUGGAGCGUUGGCUAAUACGGGAGGGACCGUUCUUUGAUGCGGAGGAGGUGCUGGAUCGGGCGACACCAUUGGCGAACGCGGCGGCUACGAUUACAGAUUUACUGGGGACGACCGUAAUCAGUCACGCUCACCUCGAUCAUAUUGCCGCCCUCGUCACCGACUCACCAAUAUACAAAGACUGCCAAGUAGCCGGCACAGACAUCACCAUCCAAAACCUCAAAACCCACAUCUUCAAUGACAUCAUCUGGCCCGACCUCGCACGCGAAGGCAUGUUCUCCUACACCCCAAUCUCAACAUCCUCCUACACCCCAAUAUCCGGUGGUCUAUCUGUCUGGGCCCACCAAGUCGCUCACGGCGGUGUCACCUCCUCGGCCCUUUUUAUCAGGGAUGACGCGACGAGUCGGGAGUUUUUGUGGUUUGGAGAUGUAGAGCCUGAUGCCGUUGCCGCCCAACCGCGAAACCACAUCGUCUGGGAAGCGGCAGCCCAGAAAUUUCUCGAGGGUCUGAGGGUAAUCAUGAUUGAAUGCUCCUACUCCGCGACCCGCCCAAUCCACCUCCUCUUCGGCCAUCUCUCCCCACCACACCUCAUCCACGAACUCCUCACCUUCGCCCGAUACCUGUCCGAACUAAGUCCACGGCCAACAACGCCACGAACGAGGAGGAGUGCGAAGUUGUUGGAUGGGCUUGUGGUUGUUGUUACGCAUAUCAAGUUGGAUGGGGCGUUGCAUGGGAUUAUGAGUGAGGGGGAGAGUGGGGAGACGAUCGUUAAUGAGUGUAGGGUCUUGGCGGAGGAGGCGGGGAUUGGGGAGGUGAGGUUUGUGAGGCCGAAGGUGGGGGAUAGGUAUGAGUUUUGA